GGAUUAUGUCAUAACAAUUAGCUAAUUAUAGAACAUUCUCUAGGUGGAAAUUGAUACUAAUAAUCAUACAUGUUGGCACAUUCUCGGCAUGCUUUUUAUGUCAUGUGUGCAUUACAGCUAGUACAUGUAUUACAAGAACAUUUGUGUAAACUAUAGGAGUAGUUUUUUUUUAUUUCGGAACUAAUACUACCGUUUACUUUCUGUAAUGUAUGUUUUUACAAAGAUGUAGUGACAAAAACAAACAAAAAAUGGUUUAUAAAGGAGUGUUGAGUGUCUGUACCAUAGGAAUGACCAUGUAUGAAUGAAUUUAUGUCUGCAUCAACUGAGACCAACAAUGAAAGGUCAAAUGUAGACCCAUGUGGCUGUCUUUAAAUGGCAGCGAAGAAACCUCCAGAUGAAGAAAAUCGUGAACGCUUGUAUGUCAGUGUUGAGCAGACAGAAAGGAAGGUCAUUCCUUCGGUUCAGCUGGAAAGACGAGAAAUCAAGAUGACCUUUUCACCCUUUGACCAGUCUCUGUCAUCAGCUGUGACAGACACUGAUCAACGGAAAGAUUCAGAUGCUGAGAGAAUUGUGGGUAAAGAAUAUCCAAAGACACUUGGUGCAGAAGGUAGCGUUGUUGUUUCCAAGGUCAUAGACAUUCAUGGGCAUGGCCAAGAAAAGAAGGAAAGGUCAGAUGAUCAAAGUGAUCAAGAAAGCAGGUCAAGAUUUCCACUUAAAGAAGAAGGUCAGCAUGAAAAUGUUCUGGAAUUUUUUGAAGAGCAAGGAAAGACAUUUCAAGAGCAAGCUAAAUCUCUGGUGCCAAAAGCGAAGAAGGACCGUUCUACUAGUCCAAGUCAGAUACGUCAAAGUGUUGGAUUAGAUCAUUUAGAUAAUUUAGUGAAACUGAUGGAACAAUUAUCUACACUUAAAGAUGAAAAUUCCAAAUUAAAGAAAAAAUGUGAUUAUUUGGAAAGUACUAAAACUCUCUUGCAGGCAAAGAGUGCUGUAGAAACUGAAAUAACAAUCCCAUCAGGUUAUCAUUCACUGCCAGUGAAAUCAAAACUUAAAAAAUCUCCCAAAGAAAGAUCAAGGACUUUUCGACCAAGAUUACCAAGUGCUGAAGACAUUGAUGUUUUAGAUUCAUGUGAAUCAUUAGAAUCAUCUUCAGACACUAGUCCAAAACGUCCUAAACAUGCUCAGAUUCACAAACGUAGUUUUUCCACAGGAUCUCUUGAAAUACCGUCCGACAUAAUGGAACAAUCAGGUGAAGAUGAUAGUCAAGAAGGAAUUUAUCAUAAAAAUGGGAAAAUGGACAGGAAAAUGUCAAAGUCACCAACAGCAAAGCGCAAGUCAAAAAUUUCAAAUUGGACCUGGAUUAAAAAAGUGUUAUCAACUAAAAAGCUUCCAGAAGAUAUUGGAUUUAGUUUUAAAUCUCUUGGAAAACUUGGAGGGAAUGUACGUUCAGGAAGUACUAAAGAACUGUCAGUUCCUGUGACCAGCAUAGAAAAUCGUUCUGUAGAUAGUGGUGUUGGAAGUGGUGUAGAGGCUGAUACUGGUGAAGGACAACGCAAAUCCACAGGUGAGGUCACUUUAUCUAAUGCUCAACAGGGGGGUGAAUCAGGGAGUUCUCCUACAAGUAAAUUAAAUUUUGCUGAUCUAGCCUCAGAAAUUUGGAUGGGACCCCCAGAAUGGCUUGAGGAACACGAAGACGAAAUGAAUCUCGUGGACCCAGUAUCAUGUAUUGAAAAUAAGGAAGUUAUAGUUUUGAAAAGUUCUGCAGGUAAACAAGAAAAUGAAGAUAAUUUACUGCAAGUCCCUAUUCCUAGAAGAAAGUCCAGUCCGUCUCUCCUAGAACAUGAAAGCAACAGUGAAUCUGAGGAGAAAUCUGCUGAAAUGGAAGAAUAUUUGAAUUUGAGAAGAUCAUCAAGUUACAAAGGAAGAUCAUCCACAGGGGAGAUAAUUCAUGUUCCAGAAAUACCAAAAACAACCAAAAAAUUACAUCGAUCCAAACUCAGUAAGAUGAAGUACAUGGUGAGUAAACACAGUGUGAAAAGAAAAUUUUCUAAACGUACCAGUGCCCAUAGUGAAGCAGAUGAUUUGAAGGUGGAAGGAUAUGAUUUUGCCGGGAUUGAUGAUGAAGAAGGACCUUUGGGAAGAUCAACACCAAAAACAUCCCCACUGACGCUGAGACAAAAGUCUGUAGAUUCCAAAUUGCCACCUACAUGGAUUUCUCAUAUGGGAGCAAGUAUUGAUGUCUUGUCGUUGAUGGGUGGCAUGUCUGAUGAAUUUUCAAAGAAAAUGCAACAAUGGGAAGAGUUAAAGACUAAACGAUCACCUUCAGCAGUGUUGAAAGCAGAUUCCAGUGAUGUUAGUGAUGGAGUGUUUUCAUCUGAUAGUUUUGGACCCGUUUCUCCCGAAUUUCAAAAGAAGAUGGAUGAUUGGGAAAGAUCCAAAAGCAUUAAAUCCACCUCAUCCAAGAAAUUGUUUUUAGAGGAAAAAUCAGAAACUGAUCUCCCAGGAUCACGUGAUGUGUCACCUGAUGGGACCUCUACUCCACUUGAGAUCUCAUUACAAUCAAUCAAUGUAGAUGACAUGCAAAAAAAGUUGACAGAUAGUUUUUCCCGAAAAAUGGAAGAAUGGGAAAGGCGGAAGUAUAAGAAGGAUGGUACUAGCCCAACACUUGAUCGCAAAGAUAGUGGCGGAAGACUGAUAAAAAAAGAAGAUCGACAAAAAUCCAGAAAGUCCAAAGUUGAGAAAGACAGAGAAAAACUUGGCAAAAUGAGAGGAAGAGAAAUGCGACGUGUGGAAAUAGAACAACAAAAAUUAGAAAAAGAAAAAAUGAAGAUUGAAAAAGAAAGAUUGAGAGCUUUAGAAAGGGAGGCAAGAAUAGAAAAAAUGAAAGGUCGUUUGAGUCAACCAGAUAUGGAUUCAAAAGUCAAAAGCCCAAUUUUAGCUCCCCUUGCUGAAUACAAAGUGACUACUGACUUUGCCAGAAAAUUACAUGAAUGGGAAAUGCGUAAAGGGAUUUCUUCUGUUUCUAUGGCAACAUACUAUGAAUCACAGCUUCGACAAGCAGAUCAUUUACAGCAAGCGGACUAUUCUGGACAGAAGGACAGUGAUGAAGAAAUGGCAUGGAAUGAACCCAAGGUCAAAGGUCAGAAACCACCCCCUUUGUCCUUACAGCCUUGUUUUGAUUCCCCAGAGGAGACCUCACCUGGUGGCAGGUCAUCAGAUGCUAGUUUUGAUGAUAAUACCUCCAUUACUAUGGAGAGUAUGACAGAAAACAAUAUUAAAAGUUUGGAAACAGCCAAUGCAUCAUUAGUAGAAGAACUACAUGCCAAAGAACUAGAAUAUGAAGCUCUGCAAGAGGAAGUCCAAGAUCUCAAUGACAAAGUUAAUAGUGCUAGAGUUCAACAUUCCAAAGAAAUAGGUGGAACCUCUGUCCAGGUGCCAAAAUUAACACAAGAAAUGAGUAGCAAACUUGCAGAGCUUGAAUCUAAAAUCCAUGAGCUGCAGAGUUUUGGUGACAACUUAGCUCAAAAAAUGGAAAGUGCUGCCAUGUGUAAAUGGCAGAGUAUUGAAGGAGAAGAAAAGGUCACCACACGUUUGGUAGAACUUUUAGAAAAAAUGAGAUUGAUGUUGUAUAAAGCUUCACAAACAGAGGAAUUAACACAGAAAUCGUCAGCACUUUAUACUUUUGAAAAGUUGUACAGCCAAGCCAUGCAGUUACAGGUUCAGUUAACAAAUCUUCGUUUGAGUCAACUUGAAAGAAACAAAGAAAUAGUGUCAAUGAAGCGCCAGUUGUUGCUACAGGAAGCUAACAAUUUGCUGUUACAAGCAGAUAUUGCUAGACGCGAGACGGAACUCAAUUGGCAUAAACAACAUGCAAGAAAAGGUACACCAAUCAAGAGGUGGAAUACUUAUGGAGGAAUGGAAAGCAGAGUUGUCGAAGGCCAAGAAGCUGAAUGUAUUCCACCUUACAAAAGAUUUGCCAAAGGCCGGAAAGAGCCCACCCAACCAACCAUAGAAUCAGAUGAUGUAAUGGACACUCCAGACUCAGAUGAACAACAUAAAGAAACUUUAGAUUUUCAAUCAGUUGAACCUCCAGAAUCUCCAAUAGAAAUCCAACAUAAAAGUUGUAUUUAUUUACCGAUGCGAAAACAGCAUAAACAACAUCAAGCACAAUUACAUAAAGAAUUAUCUUUGGAAAUUCCGUUUAUGGAUCAAGAACAGGAAGACGCUGUUCGUAUCCUUCCCGAUAAUGUUAGGGAUAGACAAGUAAUGAAAGGAGAGAAAGGUGUGGAAAUAUCGUUGACAAUUAAAUUACCCACUGCAAACAUUAAUCUACCUCGUGAUAUCUCACAACAGGAGUUAAAUGUGCCAAGAAGUACUCGGCAGGAGGAAAGUGAUGAUUCUAGCAGGAAAGUUGAAUCUGAACCUAAAGUUCACAAAUCAGAAGCCAAAUUUCCAGAACUUCUUAUUCCUCGAAUGCCAUCGAAGUCAAAAGGAAAAUUGGAAAAAGAAAAUAGUAUGGAACUGUCUGAACUAGAGCUUCAGAUUCAUGCUGGAAAAGAAGCGAAGGAUGAAACCAAAGUCAAACGUGAAAGUGAUAUAUCUGUUGGUAGCGAUAGUGUUUUUGUUGAGGGCACACCAACAGAGUAUAAAAGAAUGAUGAUUCCUGUCAGAGUUACAAAACUUUCUGAUGAUCUACCAUCACAUGAUGCUCAUCAGGAAAUACAUAGGGAAACCAUUACACUAUCACCUAAACUGUUUCAUAAAACAUUACAGAGAACAUCUCCUACAUCUCCCAGGAACACGUCUGCACCAGUUUCAGAUAAAACUUUUAACUGGCCUAAGGUCAGAACUGUCUCAUAUACAGGACAUCGAAUCAAACCAGCUGAUGAACUCUUGGAAGAAAGUAAACGUUACAGGAAGGGUCAUUCCGCUUAUAUGAGUAGAAUCCUUCAAAAAUAUAAGACUGAUGAAUCGAGGAAAUUUCUAAUGGAAAGACAGAAAAGUCACGACAAGGAAAAUAUUGCUGAAGGCUAUGUCCAGGCAAUAGUGAAAAGAUUAUCUCGUGAAGGCACACCUGAUAUACUAGUAACAGGGGAUUCUACUCCUAAACAUUAUGUCUCAUAUCGUUCAGACUCGCCCCAGGGAAGAUCAGAAUUUGUUCAACAAAUUGUGAAAAAACUAUCUUCUCCUGCCGACCAAACCCGAUCACAAUCAUCUCCAUUGAAAGAUGUCACAAAUGGAAUUCCUAAAAAAGUGAAAAAGUUAGCCGAAGUGUUUGACAGUGGUAGUGCUCGGAAUACACCAGAACGUGCUUUAUCUGAUUCAGAGUCUCCUCAUAAAUCACAAAUAGUGACUUCUAAAUCCAAAGAUCGAACUUCUCAAAGUGUCACAUAUGAUUCAUCUUCAUCUACAUCAACAUUGACUAGUAUCACCGGUGCCACAGAAAUAACUUAUCAUCCGGGGCCUUCCGGUAGUUCUUCAAUAAAUUAUUCCUCCAUGCCUCUUCUGACUGUGCAGGAAGAGGACCCCACUGAUCUCCAGCAAUCUUACAGGGAAAGGGCAGCAACUACUACAACUUGUGAUUCUGCUGCAGAUCAGGGGGUUAAAAGUCCGAUGGAGAAACAAGAAGUGCUUGUGACCAUAACACCUUGGAAACAAGGUAAAAGUACAUCUCAGCAAAUUUUCCGUCAUCAUGAGGGUUCACCUUCAUCAUCUCAAGCAUCAAGCUCAAAACAUUCAACAGAAGUUAAACUUCAUAUAGGACAAAAACCUGGUAAAGUGAAAAAAGAGACCAUUGGGGCUCUUUGUCAACAAAGUAUGUUAUCAUUUGACCUUGGUUUGUCCUUACAAGCCUCAGAACAAAUUCAGUGCAGAAAGGAUAGUGAGGCAGAUUCAGGCUACUCAGGAAAAAGUCCAAGACCAUUAUCCUCAGGAUCUGAAGGUGAACCUUCGUCAUCGUCAGAAGAAAAACGCAAAUCAAAAUCCAAAUUUUUUGAAGUACAUUGGUUUCACAAACCUAAAAAAUUCUUUAAAGUUUCGAAGUGCUGAUGGUUUAUUUGGUUAACUGCUUUACUGCUAGAAAUAAUAGAUUUCAUUCCAAGGAUUUGAAAGAGUUUGGAUUUGUUCUUGAUCUCUUUCACUGAAUUAAUUUAUAAUUUCUGUCUAGCUUACUUUGCACCUUUCGAAUAAAUAACCACUUUCAAUGUAGCAUCUUGGUUAAAAGUUACAUUUUGAUGGACAAUUAUUUUCGCUAGCUUUUUAUUUUAGCUCUUUAUUUUAAGCAAAGUUUUGAUAUUUAAAUUUAUGCCUGUAUUUUCAGAGGCUUGUCAUACUCAACUUCUUAACACUGCAAGUGAGAACCCUCCCUAAGGUCAAAAGCCAAAUGUGUAUUUUUCCACUAUUAUUAUGUAUUUCUGAUGAAUUUUAUUUGAUUACUGCAAUGUAUAGGAAAUGCAAAAAUUCUACAAUAACGUAAAACUAAAUAAAGCAAAUUUUUUAAUUGAAAUAAUAUCUUAAACUAAAGGUCAGACACAGAGAGAGAGGGGUGUCACGGAAUAGAAGUUCCUUCAUAGUAUAAGUUCCAAAAGGAAAAAAAAAUUUGGAAUAUUAUUUCCACAGGAAUAAAUAUUACAGUAUAUGUUCCUAACGGAAUAAAUGGUAUAGAAUAUUUGUUCCAACAGGAAUAGAUAUUAUGACAUUGUUUAUAAUAAAGUUUCUAGAGGAACUUCUGUUAGGCGGAACAAAUAUACAUUGACAGGGGGCUUUCUUGCAGUUAAUGGAAGAUAUCAAUUAGGUCAAUAUUUGUUGCAAUUUUAGUGCUGUUAUUAAUCGUCGUUAGUUAAGCUGUUUGUUGUUUGUUUGACUUUUUAUAGUUGAUCUUACAUGCUUUAAAAGACAAAUUUUUGUAGUUCCUUUUCUAUGUCAAUCUUUCUUUUCUUUUCUUUAAUCUUUGAACAAAACACAGAGAAUAUCAGCUACUGUGAAAAAUGAACCAAUGACAGUGAAAUUUGUGAUUCAUCUUAUUUAUUAUUCUGUGGAUAACUGUUUAUAGUGCCAUAUGAACUGCUUAUUGAAACUUCUGAACAAAACCAAGAAAUAUUUGAUAUUGAAUACAAUACUCGACUUGUCUACAGAACAUGUGGUAUUUUCAUGAUCAAUUGAUAGUUUAUAGUUAAAACAUUUCUAUAUUUAUGUAUAUCUUAAUCAUUAUAAUUCUAAGAACAUUUUUUAAAGGGAGUCUUUAUAUUUUUCUUAUAUUCUUGCCAAAAAAAACAUUUUAGCUAUUAAAUAUUAUUAAAAAUUAUAUUGAAAUGAAAUUAUUUUAUUAAAUAGAAUCAUGAUUUUAAUCUUAACCAAAGAAUGAUAUUUAUAUUUAAAGAUAAAAGCAAGACUGUGAUUAGAUAUAUUAUGAAAUGUUGUCAUAACAAUGUUCCUUCUCUGGUCCAAUCAAAUGUGGAUCUUACUUUGUAAUUCAUGGUGCUACAUAUGUUUUAAUAUUGUCUACAGAAGAGUGAUCAUAUCAUAUUGAAUAUAAAUUAAAAUAUAAGAAUUUA